AUGCGACCGAGCGCAACAAUACUGAGAAAAUUUUCUUGUCGCAUAGAACCAGGUCAACGGAUUGCACUUGUUGGUGAGAGUGGUUGCGGUAAAUCAACAACAGUGCAAUUAAUUGAACGAUUUUACAAUGUAACGAGAGGCCAGUUGCUUCUAGACGACCAAGAGAUAAGUGAACUAAAUCUACAGUGGUUAAGGUCGAAAAUAGGGAUCGUCAGUCAAGAACCCGUUUUAUUUGAUCUCACAAUAAGAGAAAAUAUUGCUUAUGGUGAUCACUCUCGACAGGACAUACCCAUGGAAGAAAUUAUUGAUGUAGCAACUAAAGCGAAUAUACACCAUUUUAUCGAAACAUUACCUCAGGGUUACGACACACACGUCGGUAUGAAAGGUGUGCAAAUGUCGGGUGGCGAAAAACAACGGAUUGCCAUAGCCCGUUCUUUGCUCAAAAAUCCAACUAUUUUAUUGCUGGAUGAAGCUACUAGUGCAAUGGAUAAUCAAAAUGAAAAGAUCGUACAAGAGGCAUUAGAACGUGCACAAGAAAGUCGAACAUGUAUAAUUAUCGCACAUCGUUUGCAGACGAUAAAAAACUGUGAUUUAAUAUUUGUUGUGAAAAAUGGACGCAUUAUUGAAAGUGGAGGACAUGCGGAAUUAUUGAAAAAACAUGGUGUUUAUUAUAACAUGAUCCUGUUGAACUCGUAG